AUGAUCAACGUCCAUGAUGUGCUUGUUGGAGAUGUUAUAUCCCUUGAACCUGGAGAUAUCAUCUCUGUCGAUGGCGUGUCCAUCGACGGUCACAAUGUCAAAUGCGACGAGUCUUCCGCAACGGGCGAAUCGAAUGCGAUUCGCAAAACUCUAGGCAGCGCCGUCAUGAAGCUCUUGGAGUCUGGUCAUUCUACGAGAGGCCUCGACCCCUUUAUAAUAUCCGGCGCGGAGGUUCUUGAGGGGGUCAGCACCUUCAUGGCUACCUCCGUCGGUGUUCACAGUAGUUUCGGCAAGAUUAUGAUGUCGGUCCGUACUGAGCUUGAGGCCACCCCGCUCCAAGUAAAGCUUGGUAGACUUGCCAUGGCUAUCGCAAAGAUCGGAAGUUCCGCUGCUGUACUUCUUUUCUUCAUUCUUUUGUUCCGGUUUGUGGGUGGUCUAUCCAGCGACAGCCGAACCCCAACCGAGAAGGGCUCUGCAUUCAUGGAUAUCCUGAUCGUCGCCGUCACAAUCAUCGUUGUCGCAGUACCAGAGGGUCUACCUCUAGCCGUGACCCUUGCCUUGGCUUUUGCGACAGCGAGGAUGCUGAAGGAGAACAAUCUUGUGCGAGUACUGCGAGCUUGUGAAACGAUGGGCAACGCCACGGCGAUUUGCUCAGAUAAGACAGGAACCUCGACCACAAACAAGAUGACGGUUGUCGCAGGUACUUUCGGAGGUACGAGCUUUGCGCAGAACGACACAGAUGUGACUUCAAGCCAAAGCCAGACGAUCUCAGCAUGGGCUUCGAAGGUCACCCCCGAAGCGAAGGAACUCCUCAUACAGUCUGUAGCCAUCAAUGCCACCGCAUUUGAAGGUGAAGAGGAGGGAAAACCAGUAUUCGUCGGAUCGAAGACCGAGACCGCACUGUUACAACUCACAAGGGACUACCUUGGUCUGGUGUCUCUCUCUGAAACCCGCAAUAAUGCGAAUGUCGUGCAUAUGAUGCCAUUCGACUCUAGAAAGAAGCGCAUAGCGGCUGUAGUCAAGCUCAAGGCUAGUAGGUACCGCCUGGUCGUCAAAGGCGCCUCCGAAAUCCUUCUUGGAUACUGCACGUCCCAUGCAGACUUUGAAACUCUUCAAGCUGAGCCGCUAUCCAAAUUCCACCGGCAAUCCCUGCGCGAUACAAUCGAUCAAUACGCGAAGCGAUCCCUCAGGACAAUCGGACUUGUAUACCAGGACUUCCCUCAAUGGCCUCCUUCCAAUGCCGAACUGAACGAGGGCGGCGUCGUCGAGAUGGGCUCUGUGCUGCGCGAUCUUGUGUUCUUCGGAGUCGUCGCUGAAUGCGGCAUUUACACAGAGGGAGGCGUUGUUAUGGAAGGUCCAAACUUCCGGCGUUUGUCCGAGGAUGAGAUGGAUGCGAUUCUUCCCCGACUUCAAGUUCUCGCGCGCUCGUCUCCGGAGGAUAAGGGAAUCCUUGUCGUGCGGCUCAAGGCGCUCGGAGAUAUUGUUGCUGUGACGGGUGACGGCACGAACGAUGCACCCGCCCUGAAAGCCGCAAACAUUGGCUUUUCGAUGGGUAUUGCGGGCACUGAGGUCGCAAAGGAGGCCUAUGCGAUUGUUCUCAUGGAUGACAACUUCUCAUCUAUCAUCACUGCACUCAUGUGGGGACGCGCUGUGAAUGAUGCGGUUCAGAAGUUUCUACAGUUCCAAAUCACGGUCAACAUCAUCGCCGUCAUUCUGGCCUUUGUCACCGCCGUCUACGAUCCUAACAUGCGGCCUGUUCUCAAGGCUGUACAGCUACUCUGGGUCAACCUGAUCAUGGAUACUUUCGCCGCGCUUGCGCUCGCCACUGAUCCACCGACGGAAGAAAUACUCAACCGGCCUCCACAUGGCAAGGACAAGUCACUCAUCACCACAACCAUGUGGAAGCAGGUCAUGGGUCAAAACAUCUACAAGCUCGCCGCCAUCUUCAUCCUCUACUUCGCUGGUGGCGACAUUCUCGGCUACGACCUCUCCGACCAAAACAAGCAGCUCGAGCUCGACACCAUCAUCUUCAACGCCUUCGUCUGGAUGCAAAUCUUCAACAUCUUCAACAACCGGCGACUCGACAACAGGCUCAAUGUGUUCGAAGGCGUCCACCGCAACCCCUACUUUAUUGGCAUAGUCGCUCUCAUCGUCGGUCUGCAGAUCGUGAUCAUUUUCGUUGGAGGUCGUGCUUUCCAGAUCAAGUCUGGCGGCAUUGACGGAACUCAAUGGGCCAUAUCUAUUGUUGUUGGUGUCGUGUGUAUUCCCUGGGCUAUCGUUAUCCGGUACUUCCCCGAUCCGUGGUUUGCAGCUGUUGCGCGCGUUGCUGCGCCUACGACGCCGACGACGCCUAUAACGCCGCCAAUUGUUGUGGUUAAAAAUGAUGCGACUGUCAUUGAGAAGGGACAUUAG